AGAGCAUUAUCCCGGAUAAGCUUUAUCCUUACUUUUUAUCGUGUCAGUUUUGUAAUGGAUAAGCAAAUUCCAAACCUGAAAUCUCAACACUUCCAUUUUCACUGACUCAACCACAAACAAUUGUCACUCACAAGUCACAAUGGAAGCUCUGGGACUUCCUUCUCUUACCAUUUCAUGCUCGAAUUUUCAACUACGAAAGGUCUCCAACAUAUCUAAAAGAACACACCAUUAUUGCACUUCUUUAGAGCUAUCUGCUCUGAAACUCAGUCCCUCUUGCACAACCCACCUUUUGCAUAGGAGUACUAUUCGAAUGCAAGCCGAUGGUGAAGAUUAUGAAUUGAAGCAAAUGAAAGAUAUGGCUGCUGCCAGGAAGAGAUGGGAAGCUCUGGUCAGGGAAGAAAAAGUGAAAGUUCUUACACCCAGGGAAGCUGGAUAUGCAAUUCAGCUAACUAACAAAACCCUACUUGAUGUUCGUCCCUCUACUGAACACCAUAAGGCAUGGGUUAAAGGCUCAACCUGGAUUCCAAUCUUUGAUGUUGAUGACAAGUUUGACGCUGGAACUCUGUCCAGACAGAUCACAAGCUUUGUGAUGGGAGGUUGGUGGAGCGGUGUGCCUACAUUGUCUUACAAUAACCAGUUCUUGUCAAAGGUUGCGGAGAAGUAUCCAAAGGAUAUAGACCUUAUUGUUGCAUGCCAGAAGGGUUUGAGAUCUUUAGCCGCUUGCGAGCUACUAUAUAAUGCUGGCUACAAAAACCUUUUCUGGGUGCAAGGGGGCCUGGAGGCUGCUGAAGAGGAGGAUCUUAUCAGAGAAGGUCCUCUACCUUUUAAACUUGCUGGAAUUGGUGGGGUUUCAGAGUUUCUUGGUUUUACUGAUCAACAAAGAGAUGCAGCUGCAAAAGAAGGAUGGAGUUACCGACUAAUGUUUUCUGCCCGUCUGGUGGGGGUCUUUCUUGUUGCUGAUGCCUUGUUUAUUGGUGCUCAGCAAGUAGGUCAUUAUCUUCGGGAUAUAAGGUCUCCCUGAGGUUCAGUAGCUGGGUUAAAAUGUAUUCGAUAGAAAUAUUGAGAGAGCACCAUAUGAAGAUGAGUUGCCCAAUAUCACAAUUUUUCCCCCCCUGGAAAAACCGAAAAACUGCUUUACAAAGCUAGUUACACUUACAUGCAUGCUUUCCAAUAUUAAAUUUCGCCACUGUGCAUCUUUUUUAUGCUUUUUGGUUGUGUUGUGUUUGAGUGUAUUCUACCACGUUCUGUUGCGGAAAUAAUCGAACAGCGGUUGUCUCCGUAAAUUUUGUUAAAAUCAUUCUGGCUUGUAAAAAGAAGUUCUAGCUAUACAGUCUAAAAUAUAACAUUUCUACUCCUUGUAAUGUGUAUUAGAAAGUUUUUUUUUUGUCUAA